AUGAGCCGACUAGUAAGGCUAUAUACUUCUCUACUCACUUUGUACGCUGAUAUUCCCUCACUUGAUGAAUGCUUGCAAAAAGCGGAACAAUAUCUUGCAGUUCACGAUUAUGUUAGAGCUUUAAAACAUUACCUUGUGUCUUCGUCACCUGAAAUUGCACUGGAUAUUGGCUUGAAUUUAAUAAGAGGUACACAAUACAAAUUAUCAAAUGAUUUGUGGGAUCUAAAUGACGUCGGUGGUAUUAUUGAAAUGUUGCCAUGCAUAAGAACUGAAAAGUUUCAAAGUCACGAUCUCCUUUUACUUAGUGCAUAUGUUGCUGCUCACAUUGCUAUACAAAGAAACGUCUACCAAAUCGUGACAUUAAUGUUCAAUCACGCCAGGUCAUCUAUUCAAGCGGAAUUUAUAGAAUUAUUUCGUUCAUUAUUCAUUGGUCCAAUAUUUAUGUUGGAAGACGGAGAAUCAUCAAUAUCUCUAAAUAAUGCUCUUAUGUGGGCUGAGGUCAAUCCAUUUUCACCUCUCGCGACAGGUUCAAGAAUAAACCCAUUCUAAAUACCAUCCAGUCAAAUAUAAAACUUUGUUAUCAGUUGGUCAUUAUAUAGGAGUUAAGCCUCAGAUUAUUUGAUACGUUUGUUUAAGUUCUUGACUCUGUUUUCCUCACACAUUUAUAGCGUAUUUAACUUGUACGCUAUAUAUCAUUUCAUAAUUUUUUAAAAUUAUUACAUUUGUAUUUUGCUGCUAGCUAGGUUAUGAAGCGUUGCUUAAUUUCAUACAUAAUUUUAUGCGUCAAUUGUCAUAAUAUUGCAAUGUGUGUAUGUGUUGAAUUGAGAAUUGUGUCGUGAUUAAACAGUUAAAUUUGCCAAAA